UGGGACAUUCCUGCUUUUAACGAGCACCCCGGCCACUGCCAUGAUUUGCUGAGCAACUCGACACUGACUGCCUUCAAAGAUGCGUGUGUGGACGAGGCAGUAGAGCAGUAGAGCUGGAGGAGGCGCAGUAACGGGACAGAAACAACCGGGAUCGGACUCAAACUUGAGUCCAGACAGAAAGGGAAGUUGGCGCACCUUGUCCCCCUGAAAGCCUGCGCUCAAGACCUAAAACUUUCCACCUCCGAGGGUCUUCAUGUUCCUGCCGUCAUUUCGCACUUUGAGCCCGUUUCUAAUGGAGGGCCCCGCACUGAUCUGGGAUCAGAAUAAUGCUUUUUGCUGCUGCUGAGGGACCCGAAGCGUCGCAGCUUUCGCCCUCCUGGCAGAGAGGUGCAGUGCGGUCAAACAGGUGCAUCCUGGAAGAGACGGGAUAACAGUCUCCUAUGCAGUGUGGUGAUGACCAGUGCAGGUUUUCUGAGCGGGCGAGAGCAAGCGCUCCAGGCAACACGGCCUGCUGGCUGGGGUGAAAGGCCGCCAUGGACAGUGGCCUCAGGGUCUUCCUUUCCACUCUGCUGUGUCUCAGCCAGUCCUUGAUUAUCAGCUGCUCAUCUCAGCAUCCCUCUUUUCUCUCUGAGCCAACCUCUGUGGUCCAGAGUCCAGGUUCUGUGGUCCGUCUGCAGUGUUUAGUAAAUCCCCCAUCAGCAGCUGUUUCGUGGCACUUUCGGGGCCUGCCCCUGGAUCAGGACACCCUGCCCGGCGUGGAACUCGCCCUGGGUUUCCUCACCAUCCCCAGCCUUACACCCAACCAUGCUGGCAUCUAUCAGUGUGUGGCACGCUCAGGACGCGGGCCGGCGGUCGCUAGCCACCUUGCCCGCGUGGCUUUAGCAGAGAUAUCUGAAUAUGAAGCUGGGCAGCGGCGGUCGUUAUCAGCGCAGGAAGGCAGUACGGUUGUUAUUGAAUGUCCUCUGCCACGCAGCACUCCUCCUGCUCGACCGAAACUGAGAGUCAGAGGCAGCUGGAUCGAAGAGUCGAGAGAUAACUAUUUAAUACUUCCAUCUGGGAACCUGCAGAUUAUCUCGGUGUCAGCCCAACAGCAGGGCAUGUAUAAAUGUGGCGCAGUGAACCCUGUUACUGGUGAAGCUGUUGUUCAGUCUCAUGGUGUCAAACUGUUCGUGAAACGACCCUCUUCAACCCCCCCAGUUCAGAUAGUUUAUCCCACCGCUCCGAUGACGCUUUCGAUGCAGCAUUUGCAGCCGCUGACGUUGGAGUGCGUCAUUUCUGGGAGUUCUGUACCAGCAGCCCGGUGGUUUAAGAACGGCAAGGAGGUGACAUUUGGGCCUUCGCACCAGAGACAACACAAUAACCUGGCUUUUGUUCGGCUGUCGAGGAGCGAUGAGGGAAGGUACUGCUGCGGGGUUGAGACCGAGAGAGGAACUGUGUUCAGCCCUAAUUACACUGUAAAUGUUCUUGAGCCCGCCUCUAUUGCUGAGGCCCUGGGCGACCAGCGCAUCCCCAUCGGCUCCUCUGCUCGCUUCACCUGCGCAGGGAGAGGAAACCCCUCCCCAAACGUCACCUGGCUGUUCAACGCCGAGCCAAUCGCUCCGUCGCAUCGCCUCCAAAUCUCUGGAUCCUCGCUGUUGGUUACAGAUGUGACGCCGCAGGAUGAAGGGGCGUACCAGUGUGUGCUGGACAAUGGGAUCGGCUCUGCACAGUCACAUGGUUUUCUCAGCGUACAGUCAGGACCAGAGCUGGGACCCACAGCAGGUGUGCUGCUUGAGGCUUCACCGUCGCUUCACCCAAUUCAAAGCGACGAGGGAGACGACGGCUUCCUGGGCGAAGAUGACGACCCGUUUAACCCACCAGCUGACAGGGGCAGCGGGCGCUCCACUCCAGAGGCACCGAUCAUCACCAGCCCGCCGCAGACCCACAAGCCGGAUGUUUAUGACCUGGAGUGGAGGGCUGGUCGAGAUGGAGGCAGUCCCAUCAGUGCUUAUUUUGUUAAGUACAGAAAGGUUGACGACAUGGGGAUAGUGGUGGGAAACUGGCAGACGGUCCGAGUCCCAGGCAGCGAGAAAACGCUGCGGCUGUCGGAGCUAGAGCCCUCCAGCCUCUACGAGGUCCUGAUGGUGGCUCGAAGCCCAGCGGGUGAGGGUCAGCCAGCCAUGCUGACGUUCCGCACAGGAAAAGAAAAGACCACCUCUUCCAGCAACAAGAAUCCUUCCAAGCCUCCCAUCAUCCCAGUCCCACCUAAGGUUCCAGAGGACCGACCGACAAAGACGAUCUAUGGAGUAGUUCAGCACGACAGGGUUCCAGAAGCUCCCGACCGUCCAACCAUAUCUAUGGCCACUGACAGUUCGGUGUACGUCGCGUGGAUCCCGCGAGCCAAUGGCGGCUCUCCGAUCACAGCGUUCCGUGUGGAGUAUAGGCGCGGCCGCAGCACAGAGUGGCACGUGGCGGCGGAUAAUAUCUCACCUCUGAAGCUGUCUGUGGAAAUCCGCAACCUGGAGGCUGGGUCCACCUACAAGUUUAGAGUUCUGGCCUCCAACAUGUACGGAGACAGUCUCCCCAGCACUCCAUCCAAGCCCUACCAGGUGCCACAGGCCAGCUCACGCAACGCGGACCGGCCGGUGGUCGGACCUCACAUCUCAGCGACGGACGCCAUCAGUGACACCCAAAUCAUGCUGCGCUGGACUUACGACCCUUCCAGCAACAACAACACUCCGAUCCAAGGCUUCUACAUCUACUACAGACCCACAGAUAGCGACAACGACAGCGACUACAAGAAGGAACAGGUGGAAGGUGAGGGAAGCGGUUUGAAAACCUGGCACAUGAUUGGCCACCUGCAGCCAGAGACCUCCUAUGACAUCAAAAUGCAGUGCUUCAACGGUGGAGGGGAGAGCGACUACAGCAACGUUAUGAUCUGUGAGACCAAAGCUCGUCAGUCUCCAGGUGCACCAAGUCAGCACCCCUUCACCCCUCCCGGUCCUCACCCUCCAGAUCCCCCAAUCUCCCCCGGAGGUCUGCUGUAUCGAAUCGUGGGCUGCGUGCUGGGAGUGAUGGUGCUCAUCCUCCUCUCCUUUAUCGCCAUGUGUCUGUGGAGAAAUCGGCAGCAGAACAACAUGCACAAGUAUGACCCCCCCGGUUACCUGUACCAGCCGGCGGACCUGAACGGCCAUGUUCUGGAGUACACCACGCUGACGGCGGGCGGUGGGCACAUGAACGGGGGCGUCCAUGGGGGCUACAGCGGCCAGAUGUUACCUCAGGGCUGCCAUCACCUUCACCACAAGCUCCCCAACGGCAUGGGGCUGCUGAACGGCUCCGGCGGCUUCAUCUCACCCGGCCACCCACACGGCCACGAAGGCUCGCUGCCCCACAGCACCCAUGACUGCGACCACCCGCACCCCCACCACCACCUGAACGGUGGAAGCAUGUAUACAAGUCUGCCUCAGAAAGAGACGUCUGAUUGUAUGAGCUGCCAGAACAUCUGCAACAACAACAGAUGCUACAAUAAGACCAACGGCACUCUGACUUUAAUGCACCGCGUGGCACCUUGCCAGCAGGACGGCCUGGAGAUGGUUCCUUUGGGCCAGGUUUCUCCACAGUACCACGGCUCGGACCCAGAGGCCGAUGCAGGCUUCCAAACGCCUGAUGGGAACAGGGAGUCCUCGCCCUCCAAGCAUUCCUGUUGCCUGAUCGGGAGAAAUGAAAACUGUCAAGGGGAUAGCACAGCAGCUGAGGAGGAGCCAGAGGACAGCGUGGAGAUGGAGGACUGCGUGUUGUCUUGGGACGGGCUCGGCCUGCCAGACUUGGACUGCGACGAGAAGCCUGGUUGGAUCACCAGCGGCGGCCUGGUUGGAGAGCUGAUCCAGGCUGGGCCGCAGGAGACCUGAAGAACGGAGGGAAGCUGUGGAGGACAGUCAGAGACACUGCAUGUUACGCUGAAAAAGACUCAGAACUGUUGGACUGAGAUGCCAUGAGAGACAUUACGGGAUGAAAAGACUCGGAAAGAAACAAAAAGACUCGUCAUCCCACUGGAGGGAAAACUCAU